AUGGAGAGUAUUCAGAGGAUUGUUGUCUUGGUGAUGAUAUGGAAAAUUUUCAUUACGUAUCUCGCCAGUGCUCAAGAUCAACAAGGAUUCAUAAGCUUGGAUUGCGGAUUACCCAGCAACGAGUCUAGUUAUACAGAACAGACAACUGGUUUGGUUUUCUCAUCCGAAGAUGGUUACAUCCACAGCGGAAAAAGUGGCAUAAUUAAGAUUGAUGAUGAUGAGGAUUUUCAGUACAUAAAACCAUAUAGAUCUCUGAGAUAUUUUACGGAAGGGACACGGAACUGCUACAAUCUAACACUGACGCAGGGCACACAAUAUAUUAUCAGAGCUCUUUUCGUUUAUGGAAAUUAUGAUGGUCUUAAAAGUAGACCAAAAUUUGAUCUAUACAUAGGUCCUAACAUUUGGGCCACGAUAAAUUUCCAAGAUCUCCUUGCUAGUAAUGUGUUGGGAGAGGGAAUCAUGGAAGAAAGCAUUCACAUGGCAAAGUCAAACUCUUUGGAUAUUUGUGUCGUUAAGACAGGAACAACUACACCAUUUAUAUCAGCCUUGGAGUUAAGGCCUUUGAAAGAUGAUACUUACAUCACUGAAACCGGUUCAGUCACGCUCAUUUCGCGGGAGUAUCCCACAGCUUCUAAACCUAGUAUUCGGUAUCCUGGUGAUGUUCAUGAUCGCUAUUGGAGACCAAGCUCGUGGGAUGAUUAUAUGUAUCUAAACAACACUGCUGCUGGAGAUCCUCCUAAUGCCUAUGAAAUACCAAAGGCUAUAUAUACAAGUUACGCGAGACCCCAAGAUUCCAAUAAAACGCUGACCGCGGGCUGGAGCUCGCAAAAACUGACCGGCCAAGUUUACGUCUACCUUCACUUUGCUGAGAUGCAAGCCCUAAAGCCUAAAUAUACGAGGGAGUUUAACAUUCUAUGGGAUGAUGAUAUUCUUAUGUACAGUGAUUAUAGUCCUCCAGAGUUCAUGGUAGAUACUGUUUCUUUCACCCAAACUUGCAAAAGUCCUUUUUGCUUUUUGGAGCUUGCGAAAACUAAGAGGUCAAAUUUUCCACCUCUUCUUAAUGGUAUUGAAGUCUUCGUGGUAAUCCCAUUUCUUCAAACAGACACAGAUGAAAACGACGUCAUUGCAAUCAAGAACAUCAAAGCUAAUUCUAAAAUAAGUAGAAUCAGCUGGCAAGGAGACCCAUGUGCACCUGUAGAGUACAUGUGGGAUGGUUUAAACUGUAGCGGCAAAACAGAAGUGUCCAGUGCUCCACCAAGAAUCAUUUCCUUAGACUUAUCUUCGAGUGGACUAAGCGGGACCAUACCACGUCAGAUAGGAGAUCUAAGCCAGCUACAGAAAUUGGACCUGUCAAAUAAUAGUUUCACUGGAGGAAUUCCUGAAUUUCUAGCCAGCUUAAAAUCAUUGACGGUCAUAAACUUGAGUUGGAACAAUUUUAGUGGCUCAGUUCCUAAGUCUCUCCGUGACAUGGAAAAGAAAGGACUUAAGUUGAUUGUUCAAGGAAACUCGAAGCUCUGUUCAUCUCCUGCAUGUGAAAGCGAAGGAAAUAAUAAAAAGGAAUGGCUAGUUCCCGUUGUUGCGUCAGUGUCUGCCUUGACCGUUGUUACGGUUGUAUUAAUCCUAAUCUUUUAUAUAUAUGGAAGUAAAAGGCAAUCAAAAGCUUUACGCCCGUCAAUUGUUGCGAACAAGAUAAGAUUUACUCGUGAAGAGGUUACUGCCAUGACAAAUAAUUUCGAGAGAGUUCUUGGUGAAGGAGGGUUUGGAGUCGUGUACCACGGAUAUUUAAAUGGUAACAAACAAGUGGCGGUUAAAGUGCUCUCUCAGUCCUCAGCUCAAGGAUAUAGGCAAUUCAAGGCAGAGGUAGAGCUUCUUCUGAGAGUUCACCAUACAAAUUUGGUAGCCCUUGUUGGCUAUUGUGAUGAAAUAAACUACAUGGUACUCAUAUAUGAUUACAUGCCGAAUGGAGACUUAAAACAACACCUAUCUGAAGAAUGUGCUACAUCCUCUUUGAGCUGGGCUCGUAGGCUACGAAUUGCUGCUGACACUGCACAAGGAUUGGAGUAUUUACACAACGGUUGCAAACCACCAAUGAUUCACAGGGAUGUCAAAACUAUGAAUAUACUUUUAGACGAGCAUUUCCAAGCCAAACUCGGUGAUUUUGGCCUUUCGAAAUCAUUUCCAAUUGGAAGUAAGACUCACGUGUCAACUAAUGUUGCUGGUUCUCCAGGUUAUCUUGAUCCGGAAUAUUACAAAACAAAUAGGUUGACUGAGAAGAGCGAUAUCUUUAGCUUUGGGGUUGUACUGUUAGAAUUAAUCACAAGUCGAUCAGUGAUUGACCAAACUCGUGAAAAGCCUCACAUUGCUGAAUGGGUGGCAUUUAUGCUAACCAACAGAGAUAUCGACAAUAUUGUGGAUCCAAGUCUCAUGGGAGAUUAUGAUUCUAUUUCGCUAUGGAAAGCUCUUGAACUAGCAAUGUCAUGCGUGAAUCCUUCUGCAUCUGAAAGACCAAAUAUGUCUCAAGUUGCUACUGAACUAAAAGAAUGUCUCUUGAAUGAGAACUUAAGGAAAGAAGGAGCAAGCGACAUUGACUCUAAGAGUUCGCUAGGACCAGGCAGCAUCUAG